AUGUCUACAAAGAAGUGGAUCGAUAAGAAAAAGGGCCAGACGUUUGCUCUGGUGCAUAGAUCACGCGAUGAUCCACUGUUUUAUGAUGAGGAGGCAGGAGAGAGUGUCUUCGUCCCAGUACACACUGAUAACAAGCAAAGAGCCCAGGGUGCAAAUAUUCGUUUGGCCACUGGACAAGAUCUCGAGGAAGAGUUCUCAGGAAAGACUCGUGUAAAUGAAGGAGAAGCUGCGCUUUACGGCAUUCCGUUCGACGACACUGAGUAUGACUACAUGCAGCAUCUGCGGCCUAUAGGACAUGGCGACGGUAUAUUCAUAGCGAAAGACGGAGAUUCUUCGGAGAGGCUCAACAAAGGAGAUAUAAAGAUCAGACUUCCGGAAGAACUGCUUCCAGUCCCAUCGGAAACUAAAGUGAAGAUUGACUAUCAAAACCAGCAAGAGAUACCAGACGCCAUUGGGGGAUUUCAGCCGGACAUGGAUCCUGAUUUAAGGGAGGUAUUGGAGGCCCUGGACAACGAUGCGUAUCUUGAUGAGACUCAGGAUGUAGAAGAUGGCGAUGUUUUUGCGGAUUUGCUUGCCAGUGGUGCUAAAGGGGAAGGAGAGGAUGACGAAGAGUUUGACGAAUACGACUUGGAUAACUACGAGGAUGAGUACGAAAAUUAUGAUUCCGGAAACGAAGGCGAUAAUUGGGAAAAGGAUUUUGCUAAAUUCAAAAAGUCCCAGGAUAGGAGCAAAACUAAGAAUGACUGGGAUAGUGAUGACGAUUUUGAUUCUGAGGACGAACCGGCUGAGGAAAACGAGGAAGAAGAGGAAGACGUGUUGACAGACUUGCCCAAUAUUGGGGGAUCAAAGUCGACAAAGGGUGCUAAGAAGAAGGAACGAAGGAAGAAGGGGGCCAUGACUGACACAUCUUCGUUUUCCAUGACUUCGUCGGCAUUGGAGCGGACGGAAGGUUUGAGGUUAUUAGAUGAAAGAUACGAGGUCAUCAAGCAGAAGUACGAUGAUGAAGAGGAGGAAGACGAUUACCAGCCCUUUGAUUUCAAGAAUGAGAGAUCUGAUUUUGAGGGCAUGAUCGAUGAUUUCCUGGAUAACUAUACCCUUGAAGCUGGUGGUCGCAGAUUGGUGAAGAGAAACCUGGAAAGUGAAAAGUUGCAGAAGGCUGCUGAUAGUGUUUCUAACACCAAGCUUGCCGCACGGAGAAAGAAGGAAGCAGAGAAGAGCAUGAAAGGGCUGACAAAGGGGGUCAGUUCAUUGAAGUUUUAG